AUGUAUAUGUCCAUCGACUUUCUUUUGCUGAUUUCAGCAGUAUCUGCGAUACCUUACCCAAAUCACGAUGAUGCCAGCAAGCACAAACGCACAUUGACACCAGAUAACACCUGUGGAGGCAGCAACGGCUACACCUGCAACCCAAAUGAUUCAUACGGAGGUGCUUGUUGCUCUGCGGCUGGAUACUGUGGAAAUACAGACGCCUACUGUGGCAGCGGCUGCCAAUCAACCUUCGGAACCUGCGGCUCACCCACGUCUCCGCAACCCCAAGCAUCCUCUUUACCCCAGGUAUCCCCUCUACCCCCACCGACCGGCCCAGCAGGCAGUUCGUCACCAGCCACGAAAGAAGGUUGUCUCUGGACAAUCGAUGGCUCCGGCAGCUUCACCCAUAUCCUAACCGUCGACUUUUCCAACCUCACCGCCUUACCAACCGACACUCUAGAUGUCAGCACCGACCACAUCCCCUCCAUCCCAUACACCCAAACCUACACCAUCGAAAAUGUAGCGGUCGAAGAUGGCACAUUGCAGCUCAAGGUACCAGGAGGGCAAACCGCCUCUCCCAUCCUCGGCGCCGAGAUCUCCACCGCGGAGAAGAACAUCCUCUACGGCAGCGUGCGCACAAUGAUGCAAAUCAGCAGCGUCUCCGGGACCGUUUCGGGCGCAUUCUUUUACAAGAGCGAUAGUCAGGAAGCCGACAUCGAGGUCAUCACAGGUGGCGCGUAUGAAGGCGUUCACUACACGAACCAAGAGGCCAGUCCGACCGCUGACCAGACGACUGUUGCACUCGCCUCUCCUGUGGAUCUUACGUCAGAGAUGCACGAGUAUCGCUUGGAUUGGCUGCCGGAUCGUACGGACUUCUAUCUGGACGGUGUCAAGCAGGCGGACUUGACGGGAAAUGUGCCGAGUACGGCGGGCGCAUGGCUAUGGAACAACUGGAGCAACGGCGAUCCUAAGUGGUCCGCCGGACCACCGAGCAUGGACAAUAUUCUCAAGAUAUCGAAGAUCGAAAUGUAUUACAAUACGACGACGAGUACGGGCGCUUGCUGA